GCUGCAAAGUCAUCACUCGCAGCCUUUGUGCCGCGAACUACGCAAUAUGGGCGGCCAGCGCGGAUGGCGUCGUGGACAAGGAGCGACGCUACGAUCAGGUGGAGGUGAGGGAAGAGGAGGAAGCUGCACCAAGCGGCUCGGCGCGUUACUGGAAGAUCACGGAGCAAAAGGAGCUCCGACAGAAGCAGUGGGCACAAGUCGAAAAGGACACCAUCAGGGCUUUUGCCAAGCAGAAGCAGGCUUACGAAGCCGAGUUGGCCAAGCUGGACCGGGACUACGCGGAGGCGAUGGAAUGUGGCAAUCUUUCUGUUGCACAGGUGAAAGCCAUUGUGGUUGGAAUGCAAGCUCCUCCCGCACAACGGGAGCUUGCAGAGAUGGAAGCCAGCGAGGCCUGGGCAGCCUUUUGGCGACAGACAGGCGAGCCGGCGCCGGGAGCCAGCUUCCUGCAAGAGGCCAUGCCGGCACUGGCGCUGCAGCAGCCAGCGGCGGGUCAAUGCCUGCUGACGUGGGUGCUGGAUGCUUGGGGUCAGGUGCUCAGUUCGGCGUUCCAUAUUGGGGCGCUGGAAGACGGGGUUGAGGUCACUGGAGCGGCCUUGGUGGAGGAAGCUUUGCGGGUCCGCUCAGGGCCCUGGCCUGCGCCUGACUCCCUGGAUGUGAUCCCAAGCCCAAUGGAACUGCGCAACGCCCUACCAUCCGCGAAGUGCGGGAAAGCGUGCGGCCCCGACGCCCUGCAGCGCUGCGCCAAGGAGGCGCGCACAUGGAUGGUGCUGCGCGACGAUGUGCGGAUCGUGCAGACGAGGUCGGGCUGGAGGGCGCUUGCGCAAAGGCGACCAUUCCAUGGGACAGGCAUCGGGAUUGGCGUCCCGCCCAGCUACCUGAAGUUUGCAUCGAGCUCGAUACUUAGUGUGGGCGGGGCAAUCGAAGGUAAGCUCAAUGUCGGACUGGAAGCAGGGGUCCUUGCCGAUGCGUUCGCCAGCCACGUGCUCUCGCUCUCCUUCGGGCCCCGCAAGACAGCAGCCCGCAUUAGCCUGCGCGGUCAUGGGGCGCGUGGAGCUGCCCAGCUCCCUGUCGUUGAUUCCUACAAGCACCUUGGAGUGAUUCAGGCUCGGGAAGGCAGCGUCCGACCGGAGCUGCAGCAGGGCGGCUGCGUGGGCGGCAGUUCGGGAAGGCUUUCCAUCGUACCCUUACCGUGCAUGGUACUGGCCAGGGAACCGAUCCCGAUGAGACUGCUGGGGAGAGGUAUACCGAGGCUUGUAUUCCUUGCCGACGAGGAUUCGUUUCCAGAGCAGCUUGGGCGUGCCACUCUUCCAAGCUUCACGGAUAUAGAAUUGCCGCUUCAGUGCUUGCAGGCAGUGCAGGGGAUACACUUUGUCGUGCGUGUGGAAAGUGCUUUUCUCGGGCGUCUCGCCUCUGCAGACAUCUUUUGCACUCUUCCGACUGUAGGCGGUUCUGGGGGUCUUUUCAGCUUCCGACGGGCGCCGGGACGCCCCAAGUUCAUGAUUGUAUGCCCCCACCUACUUUGGAAGGGCGGGCUUUUGGCGCAGUGUCACGAGGAGUGCGAUCCUGCGACCUACAGCCGGGGGCUGCUCGAUGCCCCAGAGGCCCUUGAGUGUCCCACAACUGACGGUGUUUGGGGUCUGGUGUCUGAUUUCAUCGAACCCUUGGAUACACCGCGAACAACCCUGCGCAUCUGGCAGGAUAGAGCGGGGGCUGACCCGCUUGUGACUGAUGCCGCGGCUGAUGCUAUACUGAUGCUCGAUCCGGAGCUCAUCUGCGACACCUUCUGCCGCCCAAAGGAGUCGUCUUCCGUCCCUAUCUGUUGUGGUGAUUUACCGGGGCUGCUCUCCGCGCCUUUCCCAUUCAUUUUGACUGGUGAAGUGCGUGUAUUCCACCUCGAGGCACCACCUUGCCCUGCAUUUUGCUAUCCUUUCAUCUGA